AAUGAAGACCCUUCGUCAUGCUGUCAAGAAAUUUAAGGAAUUCUCUGUUGAUCCAAACGUUGACUUUAAAACGACAUUUACUACAAGCAGAUAUACAGAUCAAAUGGACAAUAAAGUUAAAAAUUUAUACAGAAGAACACUGGAGAAAUUUUUGUAUCAUAUUGAAAAUGCGAGUGCAACAAUCGAGGCUGAAGAAUAUGCCGAUGAUAGAGCGUUUCUGACACAUUUAGUAUAUUUAAUUCAACUUGAUUAUUUUAGUGAAUAUGCAAGUAUAUCUAAAACAAAUGUGAAAUUGAUUAAAAGAGCUCUUGCUAUUUCUUUUAUUGAGUCUCAGCUGCACUUAAAACUCUUUACAGUACUGCAAUCAGUUAUUGAGCAAGAAUCACUUGGAAAAGUAAAUUUUAAUCUUAAAGUUAUUCUAUUGAAUGUCUAUACAAGUUUUACCGAUGGAAGCGAGGAAUUUGCAUAUGAAAUGUCUACUUUAAAAGAUUUUAUAGACUUUAUAGUUAAUAUGUUCAAAGACGUAAAUGCCAAAGCUCUGAAACCUAUAAAUACAGACCAAAAAUCUGGAGAAGUAAGCAUGGCAAUGGGCGUCUUUUACAACUGUCUCCUUCAUGAAAAUAGUAAAGAAGUAAUUAAAGAAAAGUUUGAUGUUUUGGACCUUAUGCAACCGUUUACUGCGUCAAAAGUGGGCAUUGUUAUUCUACUAGCAACAUUUAGUAUGGCCCUUGUUGCUGAUGAAAGUCAAUCAAAUAAAUUUAGCAGCAAUAGGGCCGGAGUUUCUUACGCUAUUUUGUCUCUCAAACAAGCAUUAGGUUUAGAAUCUUUAGGCAAUAACGAUGGAUGGACAGCUUAUGAAUUAGCAAAGGGAAUAGGAAGGUUAGCCGUUAACGAUGGCAAUAAACAGCUCUUAGUGGAUAAUGGAGCUAUAGAACCUCUUUACAAGCUGUCCUUGUCUGAUGAUGAUGAAGAAGCUUCAGAGGCUUGCGAAGCUCUUUGGAACUUAGCCUUUAAAGUUGAAUUAAGAAAAGAUAUCUUGGCAGUGGGAGGUUUGAAGGAGAGCAUGGAAAGGUUAUCUAAAAGCGAUCGACCCUGUCAAAAACCUGCUCAAGGUCUUUUAUGGCUUCUCCAGCAGGGAGAGGGGAAAGAAAUGAACGUCCCUUUAUCUACUAUAAAAAGUGGAAAAAAGAAAAAUGACGAUACUGUUUUUAACAAGCUCAUUGACACCGACACCCAAAAUCUAGCGGGAUCUAAAACACGAAAAGGGCAUAUAAUGAUAAGCUAUCAGUGGGGAAAUCAACCUUUAAUUAAAGAAAUUAAAUCAGGAUUAGCUAAAAGAGGAUAUAACGUUUGGUUAGAUAUCGAAAAGAUGAAUGGUUCAACACUAGAGGCAAUGGCAGAGGCUGUAGAACAGAGUCAAGUUAUUCUAGUAUGUAUGUCUCCAAAGUAUAAACAAUCGGCAAAUUGCAGAAUGGAAGCUGAAUACACUUUAAAUUGUAAAAAGGAAUUUAUACCGUUAAUCAUGACCAAAAACUAUAAACCAGAUGGUUGGUUAGGUUUCAUGUUAGGCGCAAAAUUAUUCUUUGAUUUCUCUGGUAAAUACGAUAUUGGAAAAAAAUUUGAAGAAUUAUUAAAAGAAAUAGGCGAAAGAGGAAAAUCAUCCUUACAAAUACAACCUUCGUUAGACUUAGUACAAGAAGUAAACGCACCACAAACUACAGCAACUCCUCCAUCUGAAAGUGUAAAAAGUUGGGGAAAAUCUGAAAUCAAUACCUGGAUAGAAGAAAAUAACCUGUCUUAUAUAAGGAAAUUGAAAGUGUUAACGGGAAAGAAAUUGGACGCUUUGAAAAGGCUCCAUAAAGAGGCACCGGAAUAUUUUUAUCAAAUGAUAAAAAAUGAAUUUGGAAUUGCUUCUUUAGACAGCAUUGCUGACUUCAUGGAAGCCUUUGCAAAAAUCUAA